GUCUCCUGGAGACAGGCAAACAUUUGGUGGCAGCAGCCAUGCCCAGAGUCCUGAAGGAUGUUGUACGCCCCUCGGGGGCAGAGGAGCUGAGCAUGACGCGGGUGGUGGUCCGCAGCCUGGGGGGCUUCAGCCUGGGCUUGUCCUUGGCCACAGCCUAUGGGCUCCUGGAGCUGCUGGUGGAGGAGCACAGCCCCUGGGGGUGCCUGGUGGGCACCCUGACGUUGGCUGCCUUCCUCAGCCUGGGCAUGGGGUUCUCCCGCCAGGUCCGGGUCACCGUCCUUCUACUGCUGCCCCAGGCCUUUUCCAGUGAGCUUGGUACCCGGUGGGAGGGGCAGGGGCUGGGGCAGGAGGGGUCCUGAGUGGAGGGAAAUACUCUGAAGGCUCCUGUAAGGGAUGAGCUGCCAUGAGCAAGGCUGGGGUCCUGGUUCUGAUCAGCUGCCCCCCCCAGAGCAGAGUCGGACCCUACUGUUGGUGGCUGCUUUUGGGCUGGUGCUGCAAGGGCCUUGUGCCAAUACCCUGCGCAACUUCUCCCGGGCCAGUGAGGCCGUGGCCUGUGGGGCAGAGCUGGCCCUGAACCAAACUGCUGAAAUGUUGGAGCGGGCUAAGCAGCCCCUUGUCAGUAAGGCUCCCGUCUCCCAGUGGCCUCGUGUCCCCUUGUCCUGUGUG